AAUUCACAGACAGAAUCAAAACUUGUGUAGACCGAGAAUCCAUCUCUCACAAACCCCAAACCAAAAAAAAAUCAAAAAAAAAAAUCAAGAACAAAUCGAAAUCUCAACUCUGUGAAAACCUCGUCCUUGUUCUUCUUCUGCUUCUCCCAUUCCUUCGAUUUUUGCUUCAAUGGAUGUUUGAUUUGCUCUCUGACUGCGUUUGUUUACUAUACUAUGGACCCUGAGAGUAUCAUGGCUGCUGAUGGGACUGAUUCUGCUCCUGCAAAUGGUGGUUUAGCAAUGGAAAAUGUAUGUGUUAAAGAAAAUGGGGCUGUUUCUGUCGAAACCGUGGACACUACUUCAGAAAGUCAGAAUGAGAAUUCGGCAAACAGUUCCACUUUGGAUACAAUUGAACACGUCAAGGAGGCAGCUGAGGGCACACAAGUUGAACAUGUAGAUGAUUCAAAGUGUAUGAAAGGCGAAAAAGCUCAACGGAAGCCAAGGCAUGAGAAACUAUCAGGUGGUAAGAAUAAUUCAUCGGUUCACAUCAAAAAGAGCAAAGAGGGCAAAAGUGCAGAUGCUAAAGUGGCAGCAUCAAAUGGUUCUGUUGCUCCUAAUGUACAGACAACAAAUCCUCUUAAGAGCAAAUCAUUCAAUGGGCGAGAGGCACAAGUCACAAAGCAAGGGAAGCAUGACUCUGCACCUGCUGAAAGCGCUGAUGGGGAGAAGGUGAAACCAAAGUCUCAAAAGAAACAAGCCCAUGAGACAUCUGAAGAUGAUACUCAGUCUUCUAAUAGUCCGAAAGCAGACGAUGGAAAACCUCGUAAAGUUGGUGCACUUCCAAAUUAUGGAUUCAGUUUCAAAUGUGACCAACGGGCUGAAAAGAGAAAAGAGUUCUAUGUUAAGCUUGAGGAGAAGACUCAUGCAAAAGAAGAGGAAAUUAAUAGCAUGCAAGCCAAGUCCAAGGAAACACAAGAAGCUGAGCUUAGGAUGCUAAGGAAGAGUUUGAACUUCAAAGCCACACCUAUGCCUAGCUUUUAUCAAGAACCUCAGCCGCCUAAAACAGAGUUAAAGAAGAUACCACCAACGAGACCAAAAUCUCCAAAACUCGGGCGAAAGAAGACUGCUUCUGGAGCAGAUUCUGAAGAAACUCAAACCCCUCGCCUUGGUAGGCUAAGCCUAGAUGAGAGAGCUUCUAAAGAUAACCCAACUGCAAAGGGAAUUAUGCCAACAGUUGAUCUGAAGAAGCAACCUGUGCGCAAGUCACUUCCAAGAUUGCCAUCUCAGAAAACAGUUCUCCCCGAUGGAAAACCCGCCCCAGCAAAAGCUGCCAUAAUCCCAGCAAAGGUAAGACCUGAGAAAAAGAAACUUGAAAAAGAUGCAGAAACCGUAAACCAGACUUCACAUCCCACAGAAGAGGAAGCACAAGUGACAGUAUCAUCCAAUGCUGAUGUAGAAGAUUCACAUGAGACUGUAUCUCCAAGGAUGAAUGAAGACAGAGCCGACAAGUCCAUUGAGGUAUCUGAAGCGGUUGCUGUUGAGCAUUAAAAACUCUGCGGUACGAUCAUUACUCUCAAGACUCAUCAUAUCUCUUGCAUUAAGUAAGGAGGACAAGAGAGAAAGAAACCGUAUAAUAUUUAUAUAUAUCUUCAGCCAAAACUUAUAUGAGAAGAGAUGGGUAAAAAGAGUGGACAGAAUCAUGUGGAUUUGGUUCUAAAGGUUGCUGUGCUUUUAUAUAUUCCUAUGUUUGAUGGUAAUGUUUUUAAUCUUUUAAGGUGUUUUUUUCUUUCUUUUAUGUCAAGAUCUUCCUUCUUUUUCUUUUUGAUGCUUUCAAUCCUAAAAGGUGAAUAUUCAGGAGAUACUGCUUUCGUUCUGUCUGUGUAUUCUUUUCUUUUCCUUUUUUCUUAUUUUUGUUAUUAUGGCUUAUGUGCAAAUUCUUUUGUUAUAUAAUUGAUUCUCUUCUUUCCAAAAUUUUGUGGCUAUCCAUCAAAGUGUAAUUAGUAAACAUGAUAUUGUAGGA